AUGUCCAUUCUAAUAUGGAAUUGUAGGGGUGCGGCUAACUCCAAAAUUGGUCGAACCUUGAAACUGUUUGUGGAUAAAAAUGAUGUUGGUAUUGUGAUUCUUUUAGAGACUCGGUCUAAAAGUGACAAAUGUAAUUCCAUUUUGAAGAAGCUGAAAUUUGGUAAGGCUAUCUUUGAGGAAGCUAAUGGUUUUUCUGGUGGUUUGUGGGUUAUUUGGGAUUCUAGGAAAUUUAUGGUGCAACUUAUUUCUCAAUCAACCCAAUACAUCCAUAUGAAGAUUGAAUACAAUCAUUUUGAGAGUUUCCUUUGUACAGCAAUCUAUGCCAGUCCUAGGGAGGAGCAGCGUCAGUUAAUGUGGAAUGAUGUCAAGAACAUUAGCCAGGGGAUUUCUGAACCUUGGAUUAUUGCUGGGGAUUUUAAUGAUAUAAAAUCCAGCAGUGAAAAAAAAGGUGGUUCAAGGACUGAUCUAACCAAAUGUCAAAGAUUUUCUGAAUUUCUGGAGGCAUGCCAUGUGGAGGAUGUUAGAUUUUCUGGUUCAACCUUCACUUGGCAGGGACCAAAGUGGGAUCAUUUAGAUAGAAUCUUUAAAAAACUUGAUAAAGUGUGUGCCAAUAUUUUCUGGAGAUUAAAAUUUGAGAAUACUGAAGUCAGAAGUCUUCCUCGAAUCAAUUCUGAUCAUAAUCCUUUACUUAUCAAGCUAAAUGCAAUAAACAAGACUUGGCAGGAAAGGCUUUUCCGAUUUGUAGCAGCUUGGUUAGAUAAUCCUAAAUUUUUGGAUUUCAUGCACGAGAAGUGGAAUGGUUCAAAGGAGAUAAACAAAAUGCUUUAUGAUUUAACUCCUCAUCUUCGUUAUUGGAAUAAGACUGUCUUUGGUGAUAUUAUUAGGAGGAAAGAAACUCUGUUUAGGAAAAUUGCUGAUAUUCAGGAGAUUAGAAGUCAAUCUGAUUCUAUUAUGCUUCAAGAUUUGGAAAAGCAAAUUCAGUAUGAGUUAGAUCAAACUCUAGACCAGGAAGAAAUGUUAUGGUUUCAAAAAUCAAGACAUAGUUGGAUAGUGGAUGGAGACAAAAAUACUAGGUUCUAUCACCUAAAAACUAUCAUCCGAAGAAGUGUCAAUAAAGUCUCUAGACUUCGAAAUGAUUCAAAUGGCUGGAUUGAGGAUCCAGUAGAACUUAAGACUCAUGUCUGCAACUUUUAUAGAAGGCUGUUUCAAGAGGAAAAUCUGCAUAGGAAAUGGAUCUCUUCCCCUUCCUGUUGGCCUGAUUUAUCCAUGGAUGAGAAAAAUGAAAUGAUUAAAAGCUCCAAGAUUUCAGGAGAUCUCUAA